AUGACGACAUCAACACAAAAACUAAAGUGGGGUGACUUGGAGGACGAGGAUGGUAAUAAUCUCGAUUUCCUUCUUCCUCCUCCGGAAGUGAUAGGUCCAGAUAAGAAUAGCAUCAAGAAGGUGAUUUCUUAUAAGUAUAACGAAGAAGGUCUUAAGGUAAAGGUGACAACCACAAGUCGAGUUACUCGAAAAGUUAUCGAUACACGUAAAAGUGUUGCGGAACGUCGUUCAUGGCCAAAAUUUGGCGAAGCUGCUGAUGAAGAUGACAAGGGAUAUACAACCAAGUCAAACGAAUGUAUAUUUCUCGAGAGGCCUACUGCUCCUGGUGAAGAACCGAAACAGAAAGAGAUUGAGGUGAUGCAAAAAGAAACAAGUGAUGGCCAGCUUAUGUUAUGUAGGAUUUGUAAAAAGAAAGGUGACCACUGGACAGCAAAGUGCCCUUACAAGGGUCUUGCGCCAAAUCUUGCAGAUGCGAAUACAACCACUGAAGAAUCUGACAGCAAGCUGGGAAGUAAGAAGUACGUCCCUCCUAGACCAGAUGCUAAACGAAGGGAUGAUGAAAAUUCUGUUAGGGUUUCGAAUCUCUCAGAGGAUGCCGGCAAUCAGGAUUUGGAAGAUCUUUUCCGCAGAUUCGGUCCUCUUACACGUGCUCAUGUGGUUUUUGAUCGUCAAACAGGUAAAAGCCGAGGAUUUGGGUUCGUGAAUUUUGUGAACAAGGAAGAUGCUGACAGAGCUGUUGCGAAGCUUAAUGGGUAUGGUUAUGACAGUCUCAUCCUUGAGGUAGAAUUGGCUGGUCGAAGGUCCAAAGUAGAAAAAUAA